GUGCUUAGUUUUGCCUCGAAGUUCGCUGCAAGAUGAAGUGCCACUUGCUGCAGCUGUUGGGACUAUUGGUAUUAGCCGGCGUACAUGGAGCUCAGGUCUACAUGCAGUUCAAUGGCCAUGGCUACGCGUACAGCACGGAUGGCGACAGGACGGGCAGGAGUGCGCUGGCCCCCAGCUAUGGACAGGCGGCGGGUCCAGCCAAUGCCCCAGAGGUCUUUGGUCCGCUGCAGUUUGUGCAGCAGUCGCUCAGCGCCAGACAAGGCUCACCCACUGGCAGCCACCCAACAUCAUCCCUCAGCAGAGGCUAUCAAACAUUUGCCGCUGCCAGUCCCGAUUCGAGGAGCUUCCCGCAGCCUGCUGCCAGCUUCGACUUCAGCACCCACCAGAUGUCCCAUGCCCAGCGCACCGAUGAGGCCGGCAAUGUGCUGGGGAAGUACUCCUACUACGACGAGGCCGGCUACCACGAGUUGAGCUACAAGGCUGGCGCCGGCAUUGGCUUCGUUGUCAUGGGUGGCAAUUUGGCCAAGGCCACCGCCGAACCACAAUCGGAAAUUGGGAUACCAGCGAAUGCCUUGAAUCCGUCCGCAAACUUUCAACCGUUGCAUAAAUAUAGCACUUACGCAUAA